CUCAUCCUCUUUCUCCUUUUAGGAAAAUGAACCGAGCCCGGAUUGGGCCUUGCAAAAUUCAGGGUCCUUGGACUGGAGCUCAAUAAGUCAGACAAUGUACUUAAAAAAUGACAAAGACAAAGAAAUACGGCAGCUGUCGCCUGUAGAGCGCUUAUUAAGAGUCUCUUCUAUUCAGGAGACCGAUUUGCCGCUAAUUGGCUCUGAAGAUCACGAUCAGAUUGUGGAAGAACAUUUGAGUGUUCAAGAGUCUGUCUGCAAGUUUGUCGAGCCCUCAAAGACUCUAGCCAUCGCCUUCAGACACCGUUUUCAAAAAAACGUACGACACGCUUUAGCGUUUACAUACAGUGCGAUAACAAUUCUGUCCAGUGCUAGAACGGUGGAGUUGUACUCUUCUGGAGACUAUGUGGGUACUUUCCGAGGAGACCCAUUACCUGGUAACCCCGAUAGCCUAGCUUCUUCAACUUUUAAUAAUCGAAUGAAGCCUCAGUUAUUCAGGAUAAAAGUUAAUGAAGACUACCCGCGAAAAUGUCGUGAUCUGUUGUUCAAGGUGACUGAAAAGAAAAAGAAGAAAAAGAAAAAAACGUUAGGGAACAUACUAGCAGUCAACUCAAAGAUAUUACAUUCUUCAGUUUUUUGUCCCCAAAUCGCAAGGUUCAAGUCUUAACUUGCAUUGGCUGGUGAUUCAGGGAAAACUACUCCAACAAGAUGAAUCAUCAGCCGUUGCGGCUUCAACAGCAUCAACUGCAGAUUCUUUACCAACACCUUCUUCAGAAACAACAAUGGCAGCAACGUCAGGAUUAGUAUCAAACGUGUUUCCUCCUCUUCCUUUCCUACUAGAAAACUCUAGAGUUUCUUUAGUAUCAAGGAAUGACCACAACGCCUCCGGAAUCGAUCUUGAAAAAGUCAAAGCCUUGAUGGGCCAGAUGCAGAUUGAUAGUUUACCACAAGGGGCUAAAGAUUUAAUGAGAGUAAUGGAGCACCAUCAACUGUCAUCAACUAUCCAAAACCAGGGACACUUGACAAGCACAGCAAUAACAUCUGGUCCGGC